CUGCCCAAUCAUGGCCUUCUUCUCCGCUCCUUUUGUUGACAAUAGAACAUCCACCCACCUCCCACGCACGCCCCGGCUAUCUUUCCCCUUUUCUUUUAUAAGCAACAAAGUGCCAUACCACUGAAAACAAAGUGCCCCCCGCACCCCCUGCUCCCGCAACUCAGAGCUCUCUUCCUCGUCCUCAUGCCUCUCUUCCUCCUCCUCCUCCUCCUCCUCUCAACCCCCUUCAGUCUCUCCCUCAACCAAGAAACGACCAGCCUCCUCACAUUCAAAUCCUACAUUACUCAAGACCCAUCAAGCUUACUCUCCAACUGGAACUCCUCUGACCCCAACCCCUGCUCUUGGACAGGCAUCACUUGCAACAAGAACUCCACUGUCAUCUACAUUACCCUCCCCAAAUCAAACCUCUACGGUUCUCUCCCUCCUUCUCUCUUCUCUGACCUCCCCUCUCUCCGCCAUAUCAAUUUGAGGAACAACAGGCUUCAUGGGUCUCUCCCUUCAACCCUCUCUUCCUCAAUUAGCCUCCAAAGUUUGGUUCUUUAUGGAAAUUCGUUAUCUGGUUCUCUCCCAUUCGACAUUGGGAACCUCACAUACCUUCAAAUUUUGGAUAUUUCACAGAAUUACUUUAAUGGGUCUUUGCCCAAUUCAAUAAUCCAGUGCAGGAGGCUGAGGACUCUGGAUUUGAGCAAAAACAACUUUACUGGUUCUCUGCCCGUUGGGUUUGGAACCGGCCUGGUUCAGUUGGAAAAGCUUGAUCUUUCUUACAAUGGGUUUACCGGAUUGAUCCCGGGCGAUAUUGGUAAUCUCACUAAUCUCCAAGGGACUGCUGAUUUCUCUCAUAAUGCGUUUUCGGGUUUGAUUCCUGUGAGUCUUGGGGUUUUACCGGAAAAGGUUUAUAUUGAUCUUAGUCAUAAUAAUCUCAGUGGCCCUAUACCACAGAAUGGAGCUUUUGAGAACAGAGGGCCAACUGCUUUUUUAGGAAACCCUGGCCUAUGUGGCCCUCCAUUGAAGAACCCUUGUUCUUCUUCUGUUAAUGGAGCGUCUACGAAUCCAUUUUUACCUGAUAUUUACCCCCCUUCGGAAUUGGAAUCCAGCAAGGAUACUAGAAAAGGGCUUAGUAAAGGUGCAAUAGCUGCCAUUGUGGUGACUGAUAUUGUUGGUAUUGGAUUGAUAGCAUUGGUAUUCUUUUAUUGCUAUCAAAAAGCUAUUAAUAAAGAAGAGACCCGGAGCUCCCGUAAAGGAUCAAGGGAUCAAAAGGAGUGCCUAUGCUUUAGAAAUGAUGAAUCAGAUGCUAUUUCCGAGAGUAUUGAGCACCACGAUCUUGUGCCAUUGGAUAAGAAAUUGAGCUUUGAUUUGGAUGAGUUGUUAAAGGCUUCGGCUUUUGUUUUGGGAAAGAGCGGAAUCGGGAUUGCGUACAAGGUUGUGUUUGAAGAUGGGCUCACGUUAGCGGUGAGAAGAUUGGGUGAGGGAGGAUCACAGAGGUUUAAGGAGUUUCAAACUGAGGUUGAAGCAAUAGGGAAGGUUAAGCAUCAGAAUAUCGUUACUUUGAGAGCGUAUUAUUGGUCAAUUGAUGAGAAGCUGCUGAUUUAUGAUUAUAUUCCAAAUGGGAACCUUUCUGCUGCACUUCAUGGUACAGCAAGCAAUGAAGCAUUUCAACCUUUAUCCUGGGACUUGCGCCUAAAAAUCAUGAAAGGAAUAGCUAAAGGAUUAGCUUACUUACAUGAUGUCAGCCCGAAGAAGUACGUUCAUGGAGAUCUCAAACCCAACAAUAUCCUUCUCGGUCUAAACUUAGAGCCAUAUAUUUCGGACUUUGGUGUUGGUCGCCUUGCCAAUUUAGCUGGAGGAUCCCCAUUGCUCCAAUCAAAUAUCUCAAUGAGUCCAAUGAUCACUAUUUCAUCUAGUUACCAAGCUCCUGAAGCUUUGAAGACUCUAAAACCAUCUCAAAAAUGGGAUGUUUACUCUUAUGGAGUGAUUUUGUUAGAGUUGAUAUCUGGGCGUUCUCCAAUUGCGCUAAUGGAGAUGUCAGAGAUGGAUCUAGUUCAGUGGAUUCAGUUCUGUAUCGAAGAGAAGAAACCCCUUUCGGAGGUUCUCGACCCUCUUUUAUCAAAUGAGUUAAAUACUAAAGAUGAUGAGAUUAUUGCAGUACUUAAGAUAUCUUUAGCUUGCGUUCAAGCCAAUCCUGAGAGGAGACCAUCGAUGAAGAAUGUCAUCGAGACCUUGGAGAAGAUCAUUGAGGUAUGAGCAUUGAUCUUUUACUUGCAUUAGAGAGAAAAUGCAGUAGCUAUUGGUAGUAGGAUAUCUUGCUUUUAUCUGUUGUUGUGUCGUCUCAUUGUGCAGUUCUUCCUAAAGUUUGUGCUAUUUCUUCUAGCUUGUUCAUGUAGUAAUGUAUCUGAAUGAAUAAGCUAAUGGUUGAGCAACAUGUUUCGGGCUUAUUUCGUGUAAACCAUCAGAAAUAUGAUCAAAUCUACUUACCUAAAACCAGAAAGUAUGUACAUACCCUUCAAAACCUA